GCACUAUGGACAGUUCCACCGCGCAAGCUAAGCACUCGCCGGUGAAUAUAAAGCGAUCGCUCACCCCUGCAGCAUCGUAGGCUAUAGCUACAUGCACCAAUCAGCUGCAGGAUGGAACGUCUGCUGUAUUCGCCAAAUAGACGAGCCGAUGUUGUGGAACAUCGAUAUCAUUCCACGCGUCCUUCAUCACCUUCAGUGCUGCUGAUUCCCAGUGUUGGCGCCAAGUCAGUCGAGUUGCUGCACAGAAGCAAUGGGACACUCACAGCAGGACUCGAAUUCAGACCAGCACUGAAAUCAACCCGUUCCUUCGAUGAAACCAAUCCGUUCUCCGGCAUUAUACCUCAGAAAAUGAAUGAAAAAGAAGUGCUACGCGGCCUAAACAACCGGUUCUCGGGAUUUAUUGACAAGGUUCGUCAUUUGGAAGGUCAAAAUAAAGAACUAGAGCGAGAAAUAGAAGGAAUAAAACAACAGACACAAAGCUCUGCAUCAAUUUCCAAACAGUAUGAGCCAGAGCUGAAAGAACUGAGAAAGCUGGUAAAUGAAAUAAGCCUUCAGAAACGUCAGGUUGAACUGGACUACUAUCAUUUGGAGGACGAAUUCCAUUCCAUACAACUUAAAUAUGAGCAAGAAGCUCGCACCAGGUCGGACGUUGAGAAUACAAUUACAGUGGUGAAGAAAUAUAUCAGUGAUGCUAAUGUUGUUAAAAAGGGACUAGACAAAAAAGCACAAUGCCUUCAGGACGAAAUCAAGUUUCUGAAGAAAAACCAUAAAGAGGAAGUGGCAGAGAUGAUGGCCCAAAUCAAAGAAGCCCAGGUUAGACCUGAAUCUGUUGACUUUGGGAAAGGUGACAUUACCUCAGCCCUAAGAGACAUCCGUAUUCAACUGGAAGGUCACACUAUGUCCAACAUUCGCGAUACCGAGGCAGGUUUCCGUGCACAUGCAGCAAAGUUAACCAAAGCUGCCGAGGUCAGUAGAGAGGCUCUCAUGACAACAAGGCAGGAGAUCAGCGAACACAGACGCAGGCUGCAGUCCAAAAGCAUCGAGCUGGACUCUGCUAUGGGGAUGAGACAGGCUCUGGAAAAACAACUCAAUGAUCUCGAGGAACAGCACAAGGAUGAAAUGAACCACUAUCAGAGCACCAUAAGACAGUUGGAGCAUGAGCUUCACAACUCCAAACACAAUAUGGCUGGACAUCUUCAGGAAUAUCAGGACCUGCUUAAUGUGAAAAUGGCUUUGGAUGCAGAGAUCUUUUCUUACAGGAAACUCCUGGAGGGAGAAGAAUGUCGCUAUUCCAUUGUCACAAACUCCAACAUAUCGGUUCCAUACAUAUACAGGCAGUCUCCGGUCUACACACUGCCAUGUACUACAAGGCAUGGGGGAAGCACCCGAAGAGCAGAGCCUCAGUAUAAAUUUGUGGAGGAAAUAAUUACGGAAACAACAAGGGAGGAUGUGGAAAUUGAUGAGACAGAGUCUGAAGAAACUGUUGAUGAGGGGGACAAAGUGGAGAAACUGAGUAGUGAGGAGGAAGAGGCAGAUGCAAGAGCACAGUCUGGAGAGGCUGAGGAGGCCCAGAAGCAGCCUUUAGAGGAGGCACCGGAUUCUGCAAGCAAACAGAAUGGCAUCUGUCCUGAAGAGAACACGAACACCGAGCCUGAUGAAACCGAUGAGACCAAACACGCUCAGUCUGAAGAGACAGCCCAUCAAAUGGAUGCAAUGAAAGAUAAGAGGGAUACGGAGAAACCUGAAGCUACAGACUACAAUGGUACCUCAAAUGAAGGAGAUGAGGCCUCCACACCAGAGGACCAAACGGGGGACAAAUCUUCUCAGGAAACCAAAGAUGCUCAGCAAGCCACUGCACUGACAGAUAGGAAGAGUGAUGACUGGAAAAAGCAGCGCGCCAUAGCAAACGAGCAGAAGCCUGUCUGUGAAGGCGCCCGUGACAGUAGAGAAAAGUCUGCUGGGUCAGACAGCCAUGCGUCAUCAAAUGCAGGGUCAGCACCAAAGUCAUUGGGUGGUAAUGCUGUAGAUGUAAAAAUGAAAGAAAGCGAAGUAAGCAGACCCAAAGUCCAGGGGACCUCCACAGCAAGCCCUGCUCCAACAGCAAACAAUGGGGAAGAGAAGCUGAAAGCCUUCAGACAGGAAGCCAAAGCAGAGUCAGAGGUGGGUACUGAUGUAAAGGCAGCGAAGGAAACCGCACAGCCAGGGGGGAGUGUCCCAACAGAAGGAAGAAAGCAAUCUGUGGGCACACCCGAGACUGAGUCCACAGAAAAGUCCAGUGCAAAAAAGAGCCCAGAAACAGCUAAACAAGAUUCCAGCCAAGGCAGUGACAAUGGAAACACAACUGCACAGAGGGAAGGAUCACCGAGAGCUCAACCAGUGAAACAAAGCUCCGAGGAGAAAGCAGACGAGGUGAGACCGCUGGAAAAGCCACACACAGGCGGAGUGGUCAAUAAGGAACAGGGCGAAAACACAAACCCACAAGAGAUGGCCAGUGAAGGCAAACACGGAAACACUGGAGAGAAUCUGUCUUAAAAAAAUUGACUCAAAAAGCGAAGGAACAUAAAACACAGAUGAACGAUCAGACGGUAAAAAUUGCUUUGCCAUACUGCAGACGAAAUGAAAAAAUGUGACGGGGCUGAAUUGAAAAGAAUCCUGACAAAAAACUUUUAGAGACUGACAUCAAGUUGUCUCGGAAUAUAAAGUGGACAAAGGUUAGACUGCAUGAUUGGUCUUGCACAAGCAAAUCUGAAAGCAAAUGUAUGGCUACUUACCCAUCAAUGGGAGAUUAAAACAUGAAUUUAGAACAAUGCAUGAUAAAAUACAACCUACAGAGGAAGAAAUGUAUCAUGUACCGUUAUCUAUGCCAUCCAUUCCAUGUGUAGGAUUGGCUAGAAUGCUUCAAGAUAACAGAUGUAAUUUCAGCAUAGUCCAGGUUGUGUAAGCAACUGUUGUAGACAGUACAGCUCAUCAAACACAAGUGUUAUGCAUUUGAAUACACUGAACCAAAAAUAUAGAACAUUUUCUAUCAUUCAAAGCUAUAUUUGUGAACCAGAUGAUUUUGCUACCUGGCUGAGGUAGUAACUAAAAUCACUCCCUGGCUGGAAGUCUCAAAGGUCACUCGGACCGUUUCUUCUUGGGGAAAGCACAAUUACACAUAAUGCUCAGAGGAAAAUUACUAUAUUUGAUAAAUGCUGUUCAUGUCAUAAACAAAUACCAGCAUUUAAGAGACCAUUAAAAAUAAACAUUUUGUAUACACCAGGCUUGGAGCAUGUUUCUCCCAACUUGCUAUAGCUUCAUGUAUGCAGAGAGGAGCAAAAUAACAAGUAUUUUUCUUAAACCCG